UGGCUGGUGCUGCUGCUCUUCUCGCUGCUGGGCUUCGUGCAGGGCCUGGUGUGGAAUACGUGGGGCCCCAUUCAGAACUCGGCCCGCCAGGCCUUCGACUUCUCCAGCUUGGAUAUCGCCCUGCUUGUCUUCUGGGGGCCCAUCGGCUUCGUGCCCUGCUUCGCCUUCAUGUGGCUCAUGGACAAGAAGGGCCUCAGGGAAACUGUGUUGCUAACAUCCUUUCUCAUGGUGGCAGGGGCUGGCCUGAGAUGCAUACCUGUAUCCAACCAAGAAACAAGGAAAUGGCUAAUACAUGGAGGACAGCUGUUAAAUGGAUUGGCAGGUCCAACUGUAACAAGUGCUUCUCCACUUCUUUCUACUACAUGGUUUUCACCAGAUGAACGUGCUACUGCCACAGCUAUUGCAUCAUUGAUUAGUUACCUUGGCGGAGCAUGUGCAUUUUUAGUAGGACCUUUAGUAGUUCCAGGGCCAAAUAGCACAUCAGCAGUUCCACUUGUGUUUGAAAGUAGUCCUGAGUACAUAAAGGACCGAAUUGAGGCUGUAUUGUUUGCAGAAUUUGGCAUUGUGGCCCUGAUAUUCUCUGCAGCGCUAGCUUACUUCCCAUCGCGUCCUCCAUUUCCACCCAGUGUGGCUGCAGCUAGCCAGAGACUCAGCUACGGAAGAAGUUUUUGUAGGCUGCUAAGUAACCCCCGGUUUCUGAUGAUUGCUCUGGCCUAUGCAAUACCAGUGGGUGUUUUCUCAGGAUGGUCUGGUGUUCUCGAUUGGAUAUUAACUCCAGUUCACAUAAGCCAA